UGUCUGGAUGUUAUGUACGACACUUGGAACCGGUUUUCAGUCUAUUAUUUAUAGAUGAUUAAUGCUCAUAGCUUAUUAAGUACAACCUGAUCGUUUAUUUAGUGACUAUAAUUGUGUGAAACUGAUUUGAGGCUUGGCAUAUAUAUAAAUAUUGUGGCGUAAUUGUCGAGAUAUUUGGAGAUAUUUAUUUAUGGUGGGUCACACUACAAUGAAGACCAUUUCCAAGAUUUGUUUCAUUGUGGUCGUAUUAUAUGUGGUAAUUUUAUUAGAAGAAAACAAGAAUGGCAAUUACUUAUAUGGACUGUAUGACAAAGUAAAACAUUCACGAAUUAUAACUCUUAAGCAAUCGACUUCAAGCACCUCUAAGGUAGAUGAUGAUAAUCAUCAAAAAUGUCCAAGUGUUUUGGAUAAAAUGGUUGUCGGUUACUGGAAUUCUAAACCGUUAACAAAAAAACAGUCUUUAGAAAUGGUAACAUUUUUGAACGCUUCCAGAACUCAACAUAGGUUACCUAGUCCACUUCAAAGACCUGAUUUAAAGUGCGGGAACGUGACAUUUCCUCUAAGUUUCAGUCCGGCAAUGAAAUGGUUCCGAGCUGUAUGUGAUCCUCACGGUAAAACACCGUGUUGCUAUAACAACAAGUGUUCAUCAAGAACAACAGAACAAUGUAAAUGCAGGAAUUGCUAUGAUAUGAGACCAUAUAAACACGGUGAAUAUUCUGAUUUCAAACCUAACGAUAAAAGGUGUAAAAUAAGGAGAUAUAAUCAUACGGAAGCCUGUCAACUGUUAGAUGGUGCUACGUUAUAUUUAAAUGGGGAUUCUUAUAUACGACAUCUCUACACCGCACUACUUAUAUUUCUUAGAAAUAAUACGUUUGAUGGUGCUAUGAAAAGGGGCGUUCCGAAAGCUAAACAUGAUAAGUGUACAGGGAUGUACAUGUUUACAGAGAAGGUAUGUAGAGGUCAGUUAGAUCACAACGUUAAGGAUUUGUGUCAUGGACAGUUUAGACUAAUGUUCACGUAUUACUAUAAAUCCGCUUCCGGUCCGAACUUCGUCAAAAUGAUAAAUUCUAUAAAGCAUGCACCGAAAUCUUUAGUGGUGUUUGGUAUUGGUAUUCACGACGGUUUUAAUGUUCAAAAUAUUACCAAAAAUUUUAUUGCACCUGUGGUAAAUACAAUAGGUAAUAAAACAUGGCCUAAAUUAUUGUGGACCACGCCCCAUUGUCCGAGUAUUUUAAACCUGAGAUUAGAUUAUCAAGUGCCUCGUUUUAUAGCUAAAAUGGAGCCUGUUUUAUAUAAAUAUAAUGUUCCAGUAUUCAAUACAUAUAACAUGACAAAAGGGAUGGUGAGUUUUGAUGGUAGCCAUUAUGGGUUAGGUAUUAAUAUCUGGAAAUUACAAAUUUUGUUAAAUUACAUACAAAGUUUAAAAGAUAGAGGCGUUUGGAAAAAAUGAUAUAAUAUGGGGUGAAAUGUGGUUUAAAGUCCAUCAAGACGGUCUUACGUCAUAAAAUAGGCAAUGAGGAACAUUUUACCCGAAAAGCGGCUUUACGGUCAACUCUUAUUUCGAAUUUCUAUUGCAAUGGUUCUUGUACGUGCACACCCCAUAGUCUAUAAUAUUUUUACUAUGCACUGUGGAUUUGGCUAGAAUUGUCUUUGAAUUAUAGUCUUUAAAGUUAUAGAUAAUAAAGAAAAAAAUGAACUGAUCCGUAUUAGGAUGAAAACAAAAUACAUAUUAGAAUAUUAAAUCUAUUAAGUAUUAUGCUAAUAAUUUUAAGAACAUAAUUUCUAAAUUUUAUGGCCCAUUUCCUUAAGAAUUUUUAAAAACCUGAUUUUUCUUCAAAAAGUUCGUCCAAAUGUUAUUUUCGAGACUUGAUAAAUGAAGAAGCUAAAUUGGUUAAUUUCUGAACUGGGCGUCCAGAUAUAAAAAUAAUUUCGUUGAACUACUCCCAGAGAGAUAUAUGUUGAAAUUAGGCUGUUGAAAAAAAAAGAAACGGGUAAUAUUGGCUAAUGUAUUCAGUUAUGAUCUUUUAGAGGCAUUUAGUAACUGGAUAGAGCAAUAAACUAUAACACAUACUUAUGGAAGAACAAUUACUGAUUUAUUUGGGCGACGUUUCGAAGAGUAUUCUCUCA